AUGGGACUUGGCAUGCUUACAAGUGUUGGUAUGAGGCAGCAUUACUUGCUAGGAAGUGAGGUCAGACAAAGAUACAUUCAAGAUUAGCGUUUGCUUGACUCUGAAUACAAUGCAGAUUAGAUUGAAAUUUACUCAACUCUGAUUGAAAGAACUUACUACUCUGCCCUUUCUUAAUUUUCAGGAAUAUAUCCAAACAUCUAGCAAAAUAUUAAAAACUAGAAAUUGUCCUAAACUUAACAGAAAAAUGCUAUUCUUCCAAUAUAGGUAGGUACUGAUCCUGAUUAUGAUAAGCUACUUUUUGAGGAAUUUAAGGCAAUUGACUAGAAAGACAAUUAAAUGUUACAGACUCUAGAAGCUAGUCUUAAUAAAACUAAUUAGAUAGGAAGUAAUGAUUAAAUUUUUGAUGAAAUUUAAUAGGCUUAAGCUAAUGGACUUAAAAUGCCUUUUACCUUGACAGAAUAAGAUCAAAUGACAAUAAAAGAUUUUAAACGAUUUGAUUUAGAAUCUAAGUAUGCUCUAAAAAGAGAUGCAGCAUUGUUUGACUCAUAAACUUUAAGAAAGAUUAUUGCAGAUAAGCUAAUAUUGAGAGUACAAAAUAAUACUGACUUAAGAUUAAUUCUGAUGUCUUUGCAUGAUACAGAUAUCUCAUUGCUAUUGGUUACAAUUGACUAGCCAUAAAAUGAACAGCCUCCUGUUGCAACAACACUCUUCUUAGAAUUGUAUAAAAGCUCAAAUACCUCACAAGAUGUGCUUUAUAUAAGAGCAAAAUACAACGAUAGACUACUAAAUCUUCAUAAGUAUUGCUAUGACACUGAUAACUCAAUUAAAUUUAAUACGAAUUUAUUGAAACUGGUUUAAGUACUGGUUAAAUUAUCGGAAUAACUUUUGGGGCUAUUGCUUUGA